AUGAUCUGGGCCGUCUACGUGGCCCCGCUCAUUCUUGCCGUCAUUCCCACAGUUUUGUUCCUUUGCGUUCGAAAGCGCCGCAGCUAUGAACCACGCGGUGGUAGCAAGGCAUCCCACAACGUCCACCUCAGCCGUUAUGAAGUGACUUUGCACGAUGUCUCGGUGUCUCCGUCUGAUGUCGAGCGCAGCAUGUUGCAUGACACCAACGUCGACAUGAUUCAGCAAUACGAGGACUCGCGACGUUCUUCCAUCAUCUCCCCCCUGGCCUCCUUCCGCUUUCCACAUAGCCCGCAACCCGAUGAAGAUCGUGAUGGACGCGAAGUGUCCAUCAACAUGGCAGAGGAAUCUCAGGGCGAGGUCUCCAUCCGCGUGUUAGAUGGGCGCAGCACCGACGCGUUUGAGCGCCGCACAUCAGCUCAAAACGACAAGGCCCCUGAUAAUGACGACGAGCGCGCGCUGGGUGGUACAGAGAGCUACCGCGAAGCCUCCGACAUGGCCAGCAAGCCCCUUCCUCCUCACGACCACUCCGAGGUGGAUGAAGAAGGCUUUACCAUCAUUCCCCAACACUCGCAGGCGGCCAGCUCGAAGAAAGACGAUGAUCAGUUUUAUAGCUCAGAUGACGACUCGGACACAGAGCAGAGGUCCAAGUGGAGCCGCUUGACAAUCAAGGAUCGCGCCUCAAGCACAGACACAGCCUCAGAGGCCGACAUCUCCCGCCAAAUGCGAAGCAUGUCAGCCUCCAUGCACACCCCCGUUGACACCAAUCGUCGAUCUCGCGCCAGCACCGUGAUGGACCGGCCACCGUCGUCUGCCAAUGAAAGCUUCGCUGCGUUUGGCCAAUCACCAACAGAAAGCGAGGACGUGGCCACUCCGGCCCGUGGGCAGUCAGCCGUGAUUGAUUUCUUCUCAACGCCAAUCGCCAGCUCGGCUGAUCCGGACAGGAAGAGGGCUUUUGAGCCCAUGCUGUCUCCCAUUGUGGCUUCUGCAAAUACAGUGGAUGACCCCGAGGCCAGCGCGCUGUUUGAUGACGACGACUUUGGUGCUGGCGCAGGGCAGGAGUUUGCAGAACCAGACGACCUGAAUGAUUCCACGCCUGCGUUGCUCCUCUCGCCAGCCGCUGCCGCUGCAGUGGCUCGCCGCAACCCCGGUGCCAAUGACGGCAGCUUCCUGCUGGCUGACGCGCAAGUCUUGCCUGUACCCUCCCCGCCGCCCUCGGGGGCUGUUGCGGCCGUCAAGGCCGCUCUUCGUGAUCUCAACAUCAAGCUCUGGCUCUUGCCCCACUCGCACGAGAACGGCACUUCUGGUGUCACCAUGGAGCUGGUGGACGAGGUUGCCAGUGCCACGGGCCUUGAUGUCGAGGUGGCUGGCGAAACCAUCGAAUACCUGCGGGUGGUGACCUACAACAAAAAGCUGUCGGCCUUGCAAGCUGAUGCCUCGGCAUAGUCACGUGCAUGGCCGCUGGCCUCUUUUUGUCGUACCUCAUGAGGCUGCGGAUGUCGCUAUGGCCUACCUCUGUUCUGAACGUUGUUUUGGGGGGCAUGUUGAUGUUGUGCGAGCGCAAGGCCUCAAACAGACGGUCCCCAAGUUGCUUUGCAAGCAUGGACACAGUCUCAAGCCUUUUAUGCCACCUGAUAGAGCACCCGCCACCCUGCUUGCUGUUCACACUAUGUUAUUCCUACUUUCUUUCUUUUUUUUUUUUUUUUCAUUUCGUGUGCCCGUCGUCUCUCGCUCUUCUGUUUGCUGGGGACUGUGUUCUUCGCUUCUGAUGUUGUUUCAGUGUCCAUCCAUACACGCCGUAACGGGCAUGCAAGUGUGACGAUGAUCUCCUUGAAGUCCAAUCGAUCCCUAUCUUAGG